GGCAACCAUAAAACCAACCCCAACCAGCUGAUUGGCUCGGAGAGCUGUUUAACCCUGCCUGGCUGACGCGCUCUGGUCGCUGCAGGACUCCGGAUGGGAGAGGCGUCAUGGACGUGCAAGUGGCGCCGCUGAGAGCCUGGGACGACUUCAUUCCCGGCCACGACCGCUUCUCUGUACCGGAUUUCAAAGACAUUUCGAAAUGGAACAACCGAGUCGUCAGCAAUUUGCUUUAUUAUCAGACCAAUUACCUGAUGGUGGCCGCUGGUGUGAUCUCCAUCGUGGGAUUUAUGAGCCCACUGAAUAUGAUCCUUGGUGGUGCUGUGGUAGUCCUGGUGUUCACAGGAUUUGUGUGGGCCUCCCACAACAAACAGUUUAUUCGCAAAUUUAAGAAGCAGUAUCCAGCCGCAUUUGUCAUAGCCAUCAUUCUGUCAAGCUAUUUCCUGAUAUCCUUUUUCGGAGGUGUCAUGGUGUUCUUGUUUGGAAUCACGUUUCCUUUGCUGUUGAUGUUUAUUCAUGCUUCCUUGAGGCUUCGGAAUAUAAAGAACAAACUGGAAAAUAAGAUGGAAGUCAUAGGGCUGAAGAAGACUCCAAUGGGUAUCGUUCUGGAUCUUCUUGAACAACAAGAAGAAGGCAUUAACAAACUAGCUGACUACUUGGCUAAAGCGAAGGAAUAAAUCUGCAUGCGUGUGACUCAGUGUUCUUUUGUCUGGGGCAUUGGUUGGUCCUAAGCUAAUUUAUCAAUCUAUGCUGUGGGCUGGAGGUAGGGAAUACACAAGAUGACAAAGAUAAAAUAUAUUAUGUCUUCAGGGCUCUUCUGACCAGGGUGGGGAGGAGACAGUAACCUUUCCAUAACAUGCAAAAAUGCACAGGGUACAAAUGCGUUCAGUAGUUCAUAGCACUUGCUUGUUUUCAGAGAAAUAGUGGGAAGGGAUGCUUUCUUCACAAAAAAAAAACCCUUUCCUGUAUGUGCGUGUUUUUCUGAAGUGUGUAAAUUUAUCUGAUAAUGCGCUAAAUGCAAGCAGUCCAGUUUUCACUGUCUGUCCAACAAAGGCACUAUUACCCAUAUCCAAACCCACCAGGGCUAAAGAAUAUUACUAUUCAAUUAACCUCUUUAAUGGUCUGUGUUUCCAAACAGAGAAAUUGGGGGUGGGGGGCUUGAUUUAACCAUGUAAGGUAAAUUUUGUAAGUUGUGACAAAUGUAGAUCUUUCAAACCAACUUUUUUCCCUGUACCAAAAUUCCAAGUCUGCAUAGAUAACAUCUAGCAUAUAGACAUUUCUUCAGCACAGUUAUGCAGAAUCCAUAGUAAUACUGGGGGGUAGGGUGCUAAUAACAAGAAGAAUGCUGUUUUGCGCAUGCCACAUCUGACUUGUUACAUACAUGCUUUAGUAUAUAUGUAGUGCUGGGACAUAUAGGUAUUUAAAAAUAACUUGGCCAGACUAUGUAUCUGCUGUUUAGUAGAAUUAUGGCUCUUAGGAAGCUUUGGUCACUGUUGAUAUGUUUAUAUAGAUAUAUUUUACAGAAUAAAUGAACUGGAAACUCCUUCCACAGAUUGUCUCUGGUUUUGGUUGCUCAUACUUUAUACUAACAGUGAAGGCUGCUAGACUUUUUCCUUACAGUGGAGGGUGGGGGAAGAUUCAAGGCCACCUCUUUCAAUGUAUUUCACGUAUCUUUAACAUUUUGUCUGAAAGCCAGCUGCAUGAAUUUUAUGCACAGAAACCAUGUUUCUCUUUGCUGUCCUGUUUUUCCCCCCUUUUUUCUGAUGCAUUUGCAUGCAAUGACUAUUUGCAGAUAUCUACACACCAGAGAACUCCUAAUGCAGCUUUUAGCCCUGAUUAGAUUAAUACCUCCUUGCCGCCGCCUCCUUCCCCUUCCCCAGAACUCAGAGUUGCAGCAUUUCAUUCCAUAUAUUCAUUAUUAAAUGGGCAGUAUUUUCCUGAGGAUAUGUUCUCAAUGUAUUCCAGGGUUUUUAGAAAGCCUGUAGAAGUGGACUUGAUUUGUACGUUGUCUUAUUUUAAUUACACGGGAUAGUUCUUCCAACAAAUUUAGCCUGUGGUUUCACUAUAUUGAGAGUUUUUAAAAAUGAAAAAUGGCAAAGAAUAAAACUGAAUAAAUAUGCA